AUCUGUUGCGUACUUCUGUUGGCUCUCUUACACAAUUAUAGAUUGUACUUAGUCGUAUCCGGACCAUUUAAUAUUAUCAAUAACAAUAAUCUUAAUUGUUGUCCAAUUGUAGGCAAAUUACAUUGAGAAGGCCAAAACUGUUUGCUCCGUGUCUUGCAUUGAUCUUACUACCGACCGUUCAGUAAAAACUAUAACGAUCUUAUAUCAUCAUCAAUAUGGCUGAUAAUAGAGGAGGACCACAAAGUAGCAAAAAACCUACAGAUUCUCAGAAGAAGCUCCAAGAGUCUCAGGCUCAAGUCGAUGAGGUCGUUGGAAUUAUGAGAGUAAAUGUUGAAAAGGUACUAGAACGAGACCAAAAGCUGUCAGAGUUGGAUAAUCGUGCAGAUGUUUUACAACAAGGUGCCUCUCAAUUUGAGCAACAUGCUACUAAACUUAAAAGAAAGAUGUGGUGGAAAAAUUUAAAGAUGAUGAUUCUAUUGGGGCUUGUUGUAGCAAUAAUUCUUUUUCUUAUUGUGGGCUCAUUCUUUACCGGCAGUUAAGUAAAAGAAGUAUUACUUAAGAACAGAAAAAGUGGAAUCAUAAUUAUAAAUCCUGAAAUCAUUAUAUUAAUAUUAUCUUUAUUACUAUGAAUUGUGAUAAUAACAUGUGUCACCUAACUGCAUUUCUAAUAUUGUGCAUUAUUCACAUAUUUUAAUUUUUUUAUCUGUUGCUACAAAUGUUUUAUUUAAUUUAGA